AUGGCUCAACCACAACCGCAACAGGUGCCACCGGGCGCAGAGCAAGGCGGGCCUCCACCAGGAAUGCGACAGAUGCAACAACCCUCCCCAGAGCAGAUCCGCGCCAUGCAGCAACAACUCGCCGCCGAUGCAGAAAAGGCUGGCAUGUCGGUCCCAGACUACGUCGAGAAGAUGAAAGCACAAUACAUGCACCAAGCCCAGCGACACGCCCAGCAGCAGCAACACCAGCAGCAACAAGCCCAACAACAGCAAGGCCAGCACCAACACGGCCCGCAGGGAGCACAACCCGGCCAGCAAGUCCCCAUCGCACCCGGUCCACCCAAGCCUGAAGGUCUCGCCGUCGCCCACUUCCUCCAGAAGCAGGAUCUCAAGCCCCGCACCUGCAUCUUGAACCAGCAGCGCAAGGACAUGUUCAAAGUCAAGCGCGCGAUCCGAGCCCUCCAAUCCGAUGCCUACGUCAAGGCACGCAAGAAGAACCCAAUCCUGCCCGAAGUCAAAGACCGCGUCACUGCCGAGAACUGCUUCAAGACCCUCCCCAUGUCACUCCUCGCCCUCCGCGUGAGCAAGAUCGACCCACACGAAGGCCACGACCACGGCAAGAAGAAGAGGACAAAGGGGUUGUGGACAGUCAAGGUCGAACCGCAGCAAGAGGCGAGCGAUGAGUUCUACUACGUUUGGCUAUACGAAGGAUCACAAUGGAAGAACAAGCUCUACGCAGCUGGAGCUCUGGCCCUCAUCCUCGCAGUCGUCUUCUUCCCUGUCUGGCCCGUCAAGCUCAGAAUCGGAGUCUGGUACCUCAGUAUGGGCAUGCUCGGACUUCUUGGUCUCUUCUUCGCCAUGGCGAUCGUUCGCCUGAUCCUCUUCCUGAUCACAAUGUUCGCUGUUCCACCUGGUCUCUGGCUGUACCCGAACCUGUUCGAAGAUGUAGGCUUCUUUGACAGUUUCAAGCCGCUGUGGGCGUGGCAUGAGGAUGAUAAGGCGAUGAAGAAGCGGAAGAAGGAGGAGAGUUUGAGGAAGAAGGAGAGGAGAGCGUUGAAGGCGGCGGAAGCGGAGGGCAAGAAGGGGAAGAAGGGAGAGAAGAGUGAGCCUGUUGUGACUACUGGGGUGGCUUCGGCGACUGCGCCGGUGGAGAGUACGCCUGCAUCGCCUGCGGAGGAGGCGCCGGCGAGUGGUGGACAGGCUGUGGAGCCGCAGAAGGCGAGUGUGGAGGAGGGUGAUGAAGAUUGA